AUGGUACAUACGGUGUCGUCGAUAGCUUCAAUAUCACCGUUGCAAAAUCGUCGGUGGUCUGACGCCAACGACAGAAGCGCGUCACAGUUGAUACAACAAGACUCGGCAGAUUCACAUUCAGCUGUCUACAGAUAUCUGGAUCCUCGGCAUAACGGUAACCAGUGUUCGGCUGGUCAGUUAGCAGUCUAUGAUCCAUAUAUGGCUCAAGAACAGCAACAAUUGCAACAACGAUACGAUAGUAUGAUUCCACCGAUAGCUACUGUUAUGCCACCAUUUUGGCCACCAUCUCAACCACCGCCUAUACCUCACCAGUAUCCAAUUCCAACGAUGUUCGUACCUAUUAUGUCACCGCAACAUGCCAGUUUUACCAGCAGUUCGUUACCGACCAGAACUGUAGAAAAAAAGGUGAAGAAAGAACGGUCAGCAUGUGGUCAACUGUUUUGUGGUGGUAUUGCUCAACUUUUAUGGAUAAUUAUUGGUAUAAUUGUUACCGGAAUGAUUGCUGCAUUGAUAUUGGCUUUAAUAGUUGUGUAA